UAUGCUACUUGACUACAUGCCUGUGGGUGAGGGAGACAGAGAAAAACACAGAGGGAGAACAUACAUGAUUUAAAGGAAACACCAUCUGUAGUCACAAAUUUUAAGAGCUGUUAACGCUGCCAUCUGGAUUCAUCUGACUUUGAGGCGGGGUGGGGGUGGGGGUUGAACUACUGGUUACAAUGCCGUCUUUUGAUGAGGUUUUAAAAGAGGCUGGGGAAUUUGGAAGGUUUCAAAAGAGGGUCUUCUUCCUCCUUUGCCAGACUGGCAUAACUUUUUCUUUUUUAUUUGUCGGAGUUGUGUUUCUUGGACGAGAUCCAGAGGAGUAUUGGUGCAGGAUCCCUUGUGCAUCUGAAUUAAGGAAGCGUUGUGCAUGGACAUUGGAAGACGAGUACAAUCUUUCCAUUCAAGCUUCAAGUCUGACGAAUUCUUCCUCCCAGUGCGAAAGAUAUGACACAGAAUGGAAUAGCACUUGUUAUAGCUGUACCAACCCACUGUCUCAUCUUACCAACUACAGUUUGGGCAAUGUGUCAUUUACUUCAUGCCAAGAUGGCUGGUUAUACAAAAACCCACAUUCAACUAUUGCUGGUGAGUUUGACCUUGUGUGUGAGAACAGAUGGCUAAUAGAUUUGACACAGGCUCUUCUCAAUCUGGGCUUUCUAAUAGGAGGGUUCAUUCUAGGCUAUGCUGCAGACAGAUACGGCAGAACCCGCAUUUAUCUCUUCUCUACUUUUGGGGCAGGACUAUGUGGCCUCAUAGUGGCUCUUUCACAAAACAUUGUAGUAUUUUCGAUAUUUCGCUUUCUACAAGGUGUAUUUGGAAAAGGAACCUGGAUGACAAGCUUUGUUAUUGUGACAGAGAUAGUUGGUUCAGAUGAGCGAAGAAUUGUUGGGAUUGUAAUUCAGAUCUUCUUCACCCUUGGAGUUGUGAUUCUUCCUGGAAUUGCUUAUUUAAUUCCCACAUGGCGGGGGAUUCAGCUGGCUACAACACUCCCUAAUUUCCUUUUCCUGAUAUAUUACUGGCUGAUACCUGAAUCUCCUAGGUGGCUAUUGACUCGCAAAAAAGGAAAAAGGGCCCUAAAGAUUUUGCAGUCAAUUGCUGAGAACAAUGGGAAAGGUCUUCCACCACAUUUUUCUGAGAUCACAGUCUCUGACGAGGAGGUUAGUAAUCCAUCUCUUCUCGAUCUGGUUAGAACUCCGCAGAUGAGAAAAUUCACUCUGAUUUUAAUGUAUGCCUGGUUCACGAGCGCAGUGGUUUACCAAGGGCUUGUCUUGCGUCUGGGAAUUGUACAAGGAAACCUUUAUUUGGAGUUCUUCGUCUCAGCUGUGAUGGAAUUUCCUGCAGCUUUUUUAAUCUUACUGACAAUUGACCGCACAGGCCGACGCCCUCUCUUUGCGUCAAGUGGCAUAGUGGCAGGCAUUGCGUGCUUAAUUACUGCAUUCUUACCAAAAGAUAUCCCAUGGUUAAGUACAUCAGUAGCCAUUGUGGCAAGAUUGGCGAUCACCAUAACUUUUGAACUUGUGUAUCUUGUGAAUUCUGAAUUGUAUCCUACAGUGUUUAGAAACUUUGGUGUUUCAUUCUGUUCAGGUCUAUGUGAUAUAGGAGGCAUUGUAGCCCCAUUUCUGCUAUACCAGCUAGCAAAUAUCUGGUCAGAGCUUCCUCUACUUGUCUAUUGCAUACUUUCUGUUCUGUGUGGGAUUCUAGUCACACUUUUACCUGAGACAAAGGGGCUGACCUUACCGGAGACAGUAGAGGAUGUGGAAAAGCUAUCAAGUUGUUUCAACAGAAGUUGUGGAAAACCCAGACAUCAGAAUUCCAGCACAUACGUAUAAUUUUUUGCCAAAUGUUGCCAGGAAAUCAUCAGUCACUGGUUCUUGGUUGGAUUUCUGUUGGAUGCUGUUAUCAUGACGGAGAGGGUGGAUCUAGUUGUGUGAUAAUGAAUAGCCCUUAAAGCACCUUUUCAAAAUGUAAAAGACACAGAAAGUAAACAUAGUAUUUUUCUAUGAAUUUUGGAAAAAAUGUAUUUUCUAAGCCUGUUGUUUCUAGACAGGGAACUAUUACAUGUGGCUCUUGUAGAAGAGUAAUCACUUCCAUUAAAUAAGUUGUUUAUUUUG